GGAGAGCCCAGUCAGCAUUUGAGAGGAUCUUGGAAGCACCUCUCUACCGCAACCACUCCUCCCUCCAAGAUGGGUGAAGCGCUGGUAUACCUGGUGACAGGAGGAAGUGGUUUCAUUGGGGAGCACAUUGUGGAGCUGCUGUGCAAGGAGGACUAUGUCAGUGAAGUCCGGGUCUUUGACUCAGUGGCAGGCGAGGAAGUGAAGAAGUUUGCCACAGCUACCACUUGUGUGACAGUGAUGAAAGGAGACAUCCGAGACUACGCUCUGCUCCUCUCUGCCAUGCGGGGAGUCCAUGUGGUUAUUCACACAGCUGCUAUUGUGGACUACACAGAUACUGUACCCUUUCGGGAAAUGAAAGCUGUCAAUGUUGCUGGUACUGAAAAUGUGCUGAAGGCCUGCUACACCCUGAGCGUCCCAUAUGUUGUCUAUACAAGCUCCAUUGCUGCCGUGGGACCCAACACUCAACAAGAACCCAUGCUGAGAGGAACAGAAGACACCAAGUACAGUGGGGAAGUGGAACUGCCUUAUGGGAAGACUAAGGCCAUGGCAGAAAAAUUGGUACUUGAAGCCAAUGGAAAAGAGCUAAGCAAUGGUGGCAAACUUGCAACAUGCAUCAUCUGUCCAAAUACAAUUUAUGGGGAGAAGUAUCUGGUUCUAAAGCACUCGCAUACCGUGGCCAAAGCCAAAGGAGGUGCAUUGGACUACCUGGAACCCGAAGAUACAGAACGUAAUUGCACGUACGUAGGGAAUGUUGCAUGGAUGCAUGUGCUUGCAGCCCGGAACUUGCAGCUGAAACCAGACGUACUUGCUGGGCAGGUGUAUUAUUCCUACGAUGACACCCCAACGAGGAAGGGCUUCCUAGUGAGAUAUCAGCUGUUGUCAGGGAUGGACCCCUCAAUAAGGCUGGGCUCACGCAUACCUUACUGGAAGGUAUGGUUACAAAUAUACGUUUAUAGGAUAAUCAGGAUCCUUUUGUACCCCUUUUGGAAACCACAGCCCUUCCUAAACUUGCCUCUGCUGAAUACAAUAACCACCACCUUCUCCUAUGAGACAGACAAAGCCUUCAGGCAUUUCGGGUACACCCCCCUCUACAGCUGGGGAGAGAGUAAACGCCGAACUACAGAGUGGUUAAAGUCAGCUACAAAGAACUCGAGAUCCCAUCAGCACCACGGGAAGGAGACCUAGAUGGCACUUUUAAUACUAAGGAGCUUAUCCCCUUCAGUGAAUUCCAUCUGAAUUUGGUCAUGUGCAUAACUUUCCCACUGGGAACCAGGCAGAGACCCUCAACUCAUUACACCUAGACUAACACAGAGCAAUGACUUCCAGCUACUAUUAUGUAUCACUUCUCCACUCCCCGAGAGCCAUAAACUUAAUAUGCAUUUUCCAUUUGACAAUAUUUACUUGCAGCAGCAGACAUACGAGGGGCCAUGUCCCACAGCCUUUACUCACUUCAGUAGCCCCAUUGGCUUCGUGGCAUUUCAUCGGAGCAAGGAAUGCAGGGUCAGACCUCUGAUUUGUGAGGCUGAAUUGAAUCUUUGUACAAAAAUUAUUUUUGGUAACCAAUUUAAUUCCACAUCCUGAAUAGGUUACAUCCUUUUCCAACAGCAGGACUGGCACUUUUAAAGUGAUCUCAAAUAGCCAUUUUUUAGUAAGUGGACUGUCUUUAUUUCACUUAUACACUCAAGAGGUCUUUAAUGAAUAAUUCUUAGGGGGAUGAGGAGAAUUCAGGAAAUCCCCUCUCAAUUUUAGGGUUUUAGAUAUAUAUAGCUAUAGGCUUUCAUCACUAUCCUUAGAAGCAGCUUUCACAUCUACCUUUUUCCAAAAUCCUUUCUGCCGCUCAGCUUGUACAUUUUACCUCUAACCCCCCCCCAAAAAAAAACCCUAACAUUGUAACAAACAUAAAAGUUACCUUGCAAUAUCUCGAGGUGACAAUUUGUCAGUCUAGUUACAUUCUUAUUUCUGUGGUUUGAUAAUUGAUGUCAGAGUGUUGGAUGCAUUUUGCAACUUGAAUAAAAAUUAUACUGGAUCGGAGUCUCAUUUGCACAGAGAUUAUUUUUCACGGCUCUGGCAGUACAAAACAACCUUAAAGUGGGAGCAAAUGUAACGUAGUCCCACAUGAAGUCCCUUUUCCACUGCCAGAAUGGCGUAAAGGAGAAUCAGGCCCUAAGGGCCUGACUUGCAUUAAAUGAAGCCCUUACAUUCAGAGUUUGGAGAGGGAGGGGGUCAUUUUAACCCAUCUCACUGUGCUUGGCUAUGCAGUACAUAUAGUAAAAUAACAUGCGGCACAGCUUGGAAAAUUUUGCAAUAACUAGGGCACAAAUGGGGCAGGCAGUCAUAUGAAAUUUAGAGUUGAAACUGAAUCUCUGUUGUGCUUUAUGUCAGCUUACCAAACCCUCACCAUAUUUUGUACAUUUGCUGAGUCAACAGCAGAAAAUUUUCCACCAAUAUUCAAGUACAAAUUAAUUUCUACUAGAAUUGAUCUGCUUCACAACACUUCCGUGAGCUGUGAACUUUCAAGCUUUACUUUAGUGCAAGCAUUCAUAGAAGGCUAAUUUUAAUUUCAAGUGCUCAAAUAUUCACAAAACACAAAUUUUGUUGGUGCAGUAUAUUUGAUCAGACGAGUGGCUAGUGGUCAGUUACAUUAAUCAUCCAGUCAGGAAACAGAAGCAAGACCACGUGACUGACUUAAAUCAAGUUAGCAGGAAUUUCCUCAAUCACCUCUUUGCAAAAUGAUCUGCCUAAGCAGAAUUGUUUGCUAAAGAAAUAUGUAAAGAAUUUCACACAACAAAUAGGUCUGGAGAAAUUUGCAAUCUGUUCACACAAUAUGCAAAGGUGAAAUU